GUAACGCUAUUGUCACUGCUGUUGACAUGGCUCUCGAAAGGCUCGCCACACUAUGUCGAGAUGCAAGCCAACCAGAACCUUGCCUAUAUCAGUGACACCGGCACGUCUGACUGGGGCAAGCCGCUUUUCAUUACUGGCUCGGCAAUCACGGUCACACUGUUCGGGAUCACAUUUGCGGCGGAGAGAUGGCUUCGACAUAAAGGGCAUCUUAUCCACGUCAGCAGUAGAUGGGGCGCUGUGUGCUCAGCGCUGGCAUCUUUCUUCAGCAUCAUGGGUGGUACAGGACUCAUGCUGUUGACCAUUUUCGACGCCAGGAACCACAUCAACAUCCACUUUCCAAUGAUCGGCGUUUUCAUUGGUGGAUAUAUCCUUGCAGCAGGUUUCAUGGCCGCCGAAAAGAAACGAAUCUCCGACCGCUACCCUACCAAUAAAUACCUGCAGCGAUCGUUCCAGAUCAAGUUCUUCUUCAUCGUCCUCGAACUCCUCUUUACGGCCCUCUUCGGCGUCACAGCACUUCUUGCCGGCCACGACAUCAACUCGCCCCACGCUGGCCUACGAAACCCGUCGGUCGUCAUCGAAUGGAUGAUCGGGUUCUUCUUUGUUUUCUACAUGUGGAGUUUCGCAAUCGAC